AUGCCCGCCUCCCUCCUCCCCCCGACCUUCCUCCCCCACCACCGCCAGCGCCAGCGACUCCGCCUCCCCGUACCCAGCUGCACCACCUCCUCGGUCUCCGUCUCCGUCUCCGCCAGCCGCUACGACUUCGAGCCGCUGCUCGCCUACCUCUCCGACCCCUCCACCGUCGCCUCGCUCACCUCGCCGUCCCCUCCGCCCAUCGUGCCAGCCCCCGAGCGCCGCCUCGCCGCGUCCUACUCCGCCGUGCCGUCGCACGAGUGGCACGCUCUGCUCCGGGGCCUCGCCGCCAGCGACGCGUCCCUGCCGCUCGCCUUCGCGCUGCUCCCCUUCCUCCAGCGCCACCGCCUCUGCUUCCCGCUCGACCUGCUCCUCUCCUCGUUCAUCCACUCGCUCUCCGUCUCCGGCCGCCUGCUCCCGCACUCGCUGCUGCUCUCCUUCCCGCCCUCCCUCUCCGACCCACCCUCCCCGCUGCUGCUCAACUCCCUCCUCGCCGCCUCCGCCGCGGCCUCCCGCCCCGCCAUCGCGCUGCGGCUCCUCGCACUCAUCCGCGAGCACAACUUCCUCCCGGACCUCGCCUCCUACUCGCAUCUCCUCGCCUCGCUGCUCAACACGCGGGACCCGCCCGACGCCGCCAUCCUCGAGCGCCUCCUCGGUGACCUCAGGGAGUCGCGCCUCGAGCCAGACGCGCCGCUCUUCUCCGACCUCAUCUCCGCCUUCGCGCGGGCCGCGCUCCCGGACGCAGCGCUCGAGCUCCUCGCCUCCGCGCAGGCCAUCGGGCUCACGCCACGCUCCAAUGCCGUCACCGCGCUCAUCUCCGCGCUCGGCAUCGCCGGUCGCGUGCCCGAGGCUGAAGCGCUGUUCUUGGAAUUCUUCCUUGCCGGAGAAAUCAAACCGAGGACACGCGCGUACAACGCGCUGCUCAAAGGGUAUGUCAAAAUUGGGUCGCUCAAGAACGCUGAGCACGUGCUCGAUGAAAUGUCAGAGUGCGGGGUUGCGCCCGAUGAGGCCACUUACAGCUUGCUCGUGGACGCGUACACGAGGGCUGGAAGAUGGGAGAGUGCAAGGAUACUGCUCAAGGAGAUGGAAGCCGAUGGAGUUAAACCGAGCUCGUAUGUGUUCAGCCGGAUCCUUGCGGGGUUCCGUGAUAGGGGGGAUUGGCAGAAGGCAUUUGCGGUGCUACGUGAGAUGCACGCAAGCGGUGUGCAGCCGGAUCGGCAUUUCUACAAUGUCAUGAUAGAUACAUUUGGGAAGUACAAUUGCCUUGGGCACGCCAUGGAUGUGUUUAACCGGAUGCGUGAAGAAGGGAUUGAACCGGAUGUUGUCACAUGGAACACACUUAUUGAUGCGCAUUGUAAGGGAGGGCGGCAUGAUCGCGCCAUGGAGCUGUUUAAGGAGAUGCGUGAAAGUAACUGCCCACCAGGAACGACCACAUAUAACAUCAUGAUCAAUUUGCUUGGUGAACAAGAGCGAUGGGUGGGGGUGGAAACAAUGAUGUCAGAGAUGAAGGAACAGGGCUUGGUUCCCAACAUUAUCACCUACACUACACUUGUGGAUGUGUAUGGGAGGUCUGGUAGGUACAAGGAGGCAAUUGAUUGCAUUGAGGCGAUGAAAGCUGACGGACUGAAGCCAUCGCCCACCAUGUACCAUGCCCUUGUCAAUGCAUAUGCCCAAAGGGGUUUGGCAGACCAUGCGUUAAAUGUAGUCAAGGCCAUGAGAGCGGAUGGACUUGAGGCUAGCACGGUAGUGCUCAACUCAUUGAUCAACGCCUUUGGUGAGGAUAGAAGGGUUGUUGAAGCAUUCUCUGUGCUUCAAUUCAUGAAGGAAAAUGAUUUUAAGCCUGACGUUAUUACAUACACGACACUAAUGAAAGCUCUAAUCCGUGUUGAGCAGUUCGACAAGGUUCCAGUCAUCUAUGAAGAAAUGAUUACAUCAGGAUGUGCCCCUGACCGCAAAGCUAGAGCAAUGCUGCGUUCAGCUUUAAGAUAUAUGAAACACACGAGGGUUGCGUAG